AUGGCAGAGCGGGAUUCCCAGGAUCCGCAGGAUUCCCAGGAUCCGCGGCAUUCCCAGGAUCCGCGGCAUUCCCCGCUGGAGCGGGGCUGGCUCCUGUCGCCCCCCGGCCGCCCCUACCUGGAGUCGCUGCUGCAGCGGAACCGGCGGCGGGUGUUCGGGCUGCUGGAGCGGCCGGCGCUGCCGCCCCCCCUGGCCGUGCCCACCCUGCCCUACAAACUGUUCCUGGUGGGAAGAAGCGGCGUCGGGAAAAGCACCCUGGUGGCGGCGCUGGCCGGGACCCCCCGGACCCCCGGGACCGCCGCGACCCCCGCGCACCACGAGACCCUCGGGAUCGAGGCCACCACGGUGUUCUGGCCGGCCCAGCCCCGGGGCAGCGCCCGGCCCGUCCUCUUCCAGCUGCACUUCUGGGACUGCGGGGACGGAGCCCUGAGGAAAUUUGAGCACCUGCUGCCCGCGUGUCGGGAGGAGCUGGACGCCGUCCUGGUGCUGUUCUCCUUCACCGACCGCGCGUCCUUCGAGGAGCUGCCGGCGCAGCUGAGCCGCCUCUCGGGGCAGGGGCUCGUCACCGUGGUCAUGGGCACCAAGUCCGACCUGUCCCCGCACGCGGCCGUGACCGAGCGGGACGUGCGGGCUCUCGAGGCCGCGCGGGGGCUGCGGGUGCUGCGCGCGGGGGCGGCCCCGGGGGGGGCGCGGGCCGGGCUGGAACGGGCGGCCCCGAUCCUCGAUUCCCUGGCGGAGCAGCUCUGGAAAAGGGACCAGGUCGCCGCCGGGGUGGCCCGGGGGGAGGAGGGGACCCCCCCCAGCUGAUUCCCCUGUCAGGGGGCGGCUCCGGGGGGAGGCGGAAGGAGAAAAGGUGCUUUUUGAGUAAAAUCUGUGUUUUCUAUGAAAAAUA